UCCAUUCAUUUUCUGUUUUUAUGUCUAUUUAAUGAGCAAACUUAAAAAGUAAUUAUAAUAACUAAAAUUCUUUUUGGUGUGAAGGAAACGAUAAGAAGUAAGUAAGUAAAUAAGGUCAUAAGUUCAAUCUUUCUUGCGUCGUUGAAGCUUCCGCCUUGAAAAAUGGAAAUAGAAAUUUCAAAGUGCCCUCAAGAUUUGCAACAUAAUUUCGAAGUGAUUUUUAAUCGAGGAAGUUUGGUGUUUUUGAAGGAAUUAGAAAAUGAAUUCAGAGAUAAAAUCAAUAAGCUUUAUAAAGAUCGAUUAAAUCGCAACUCUUAUUACCAAUCCAACAAUACCCUCCCCAACUUUAAAAAUAACCCACUCAAAACACCAUGGAAAAUUUCAAACAUCCCCCAACGACUUCAAAACAGAAAAAUCGAUUUGGGCGACGUCUCACCUUCGAAUUCAACUCAAUUUUUCACCUCUCUAACUCAAAAUGUACAAGGAAUUCAAGUUGAUUUCGACGAUGGUCACUGUCCAAAUUGGAGAAAUCAAAUUUUGGGCCACUACAACAUAUACUCAGUGAUUCACUCAAACAAUCUCGCCCACUAUCCUGUGAUGAUGUUAAGACCGCGAGCUUGGAACAUAUUAGAACACAACGUAAAAAUUAACCAAAAAAAAAUCCCCGGUGCUUUAAUCGAUUUUGCUUUAUUAAUGUACCAUAACGCAAAAAUUUUACUCGAAACCAACUCCGGGCCAUAUUUUUAUCUAUCAAAAUUAGAAAGUGCUUCGGAAGCGAGACUUUGGAACGAAAUUUUUGUUUGGACCCAACGGAAAUUGAAUCUCCCUCAAGGAAGUAUUAAGUGUUGCGUUUUGAUCGAGAAUAUUUUGGCAAGUUUUGAAAUGGAGGAGAUUUUGUUUGAAUUGAAAGAACAUUGUGUUGGGUUAAAUUGUGGGAUGUGGGAUUAUAUCGCUUCGAUUAUUGCUAAAUUUGGGAAUCGGAAAGAAUUCGUUUUGGCGGAUCGGCAAAAACUUUCCAUGAAAAAUGAGUUUUUAAAAACAUAUAUGGAUCUUCUUGUCGAAGUGUGUCAUAAAAGAGGUGCUUUAGCCACCGGGGGGAUGAUAGCUAAAAUUUUAUCUUACGACUUAAACUCUUUAGAAUCAAUUAAAGAAAUGAAGCAAUUUGAAAUUUCCUCAGGAAUCGAUGGAUUUUUAGUUUACGAUUUAGAUUUGUUACCGCAUAUAAACAAGCUUUGGGAGGAUAACAAAAAUCUUUUACACCCUAAAAAAAUAAUAAAAAAGGAUUCUAACACCGCGAAAUCCUUAUUAACUUUACCAGAAGGAAAAGUAACAUGGGACAGUUUUUGGCACAACAUUCAAGUUACUGUUUUAUUUAUUUAUAAUUGGUUGGAUGGCAAUGGUCAUUUUGUUCUUAAUGGUUUUGUGGAAGAUUCGGCAACAGCGGAAAUAUCAAGAUCACAAAUUUGGCAAUGGAUUAAACAUAAAGUUGAGAUUGAUGAAACAGUUAUUUCUCAACAACUUCUAAAAGAAAAAUUAACAGAAUACAAACGAAAAAAUUCAAAUUUAGAUCAAAAAAACUUAAAAAUAGCAUUAAAAGUAGCAAUGGAAUUGUUUAUAUCGCCGAUUUAUCCGGAUUUUAUAACAACCUACCUCAACAACCACCCAAAACUUCAAAUGGAAUACAAACCAAUAACAACGAAAUUAUAAAAGUUUGCGUAUUAAAUUUUAUUUUUAAUGGGAAUAUAAAUAAACGUAUAAUAUAAAUUUAA